GAAUCUUCACCCUACAGCUAAGAAACAAUCAAAAGGAAAUCAGUUUGGUCUACUCUUGUUUGUAAAAACGAAAUCGGAUUGAAUGCUGGGGAUGAAGUUUGAAACUUGAAGGUCGUUCGAGGUCACCGACUUAGUUUAAUUGAAAAGCAUGUCUGUCCUAUUCUCUGAACUGUAUACGUUGGACAGUGUCACUUCUGGGGACUUUCCAACCAUUGUGAUUAACCAUGGACGCUUCAAGACGUCAGUUUCCCUGAUAAGGCUGGUGGUUUUACAUUUUCUGACCCAGCAGAUAAUCUAGCUAAUCGCUUUAUCCUAUGGCGUUCACAUGGGGACAUCCUCGAGCUUCAGGAGAUUUCUCUGCACCACAACCUUACGAACAAUAUGUUGAAAGUAUCGUUUGGAGGCUCUGCAAUUGUCAGUUGUCAUAUAAGUGAGACACAUGAGGCAGUUGUGUGCCUUGUUUGCACUUCUCAUGGGGCUUCACAAUUAUUAUUCACUCACCCUCGCAUGCUUCCAAAUGCUGCCAAUAUCUCCAUUAUUGGCAAUAAAAGGAGUGUGCAAUACAGUUUCCAUCAAAUAAAAGGUCUACAGCCAUCUGCUAUUCGUUGUGGCACUGCUUUUGUUCAGCAGCAUUCCAGGGUCUCAGUUUUCGCUUAUGGGCUAUCCACAGGUUCAAUAAUGAUUGCAAGAGUUCUUCCGUUUGACUCUUCUGCUCCAGAAGGUGCAGAAGUUUUUGAAUUAUGUCAGACGUCGAUAAUCCAAAAAUUGUGGAGUGGUAUCACUCCAUUUUCAAGCAAAACUGAUAAUGAUUCUGCCUCAUCACCCCUAGAUAUAAUCUCUCUGGGUUUGGGUUGUGAUGAAUAUUUCUUGGCAACUAUUUGCAGAGAUCACCGUUUGCGGUUAUGGGACUUUAAACAUCGUAACUGCUUUGCUGUCCUAGAUCUUCUAGAGUUUCUGCCUAGAACAAUUGAUCUUAACUCAUCAUUGGAUCAGUCUGCAUUACAUUCAAAUUUUGCACCAGGUUUAUGCCAUCGAUUAUCUUCUGAAGUAGUCUCUAGUCAUGGUAUCAAUAUAAUCGCCUAUAUGUCUAUGUGUUUGUCUUCAACAGCUAACAGCUUAGAUUUUUCUCAGUCAAAAGAAGUGAAUACAAGUUAUUGGUGUUGGAUACAUAUGAAUAUUAGCAAAGCGUUGAAUCGUAAUCGUGAAUGCUUAAGUGUAUUACAAGUAGAUCCAUUAAUACAAGAUUCCAAUGAAGGAGCAUUAAAUACAUAUAAUAAUUAUAGUAAUAGUAAUAAUACCGAGUUAUUAUCAUAUGAAAGUAGUAAUAUGAACUCACUUUUAAAGAUACAAAAACCUGAUAUCAGUGUACUAGAUUUUAUUCCUUCAAAAGUAAUACAAAAAUCAGGAGGUGGAAAUGAAUCAUCUGAAAGUGGGAUAAAAUCUAAAAAUGCUUUGGGUGGUAUAUGGUGGUUGGCACAUCAAACUGACACUGGUGAUACUCAGUUGGAUAGUAAUUAUUUUGUAAGAUGGACAGAAAUUCACAAUACUCCAACUGACUGUGAUUCUUACAAGUACAAAAAAACUAUUUCAGCUUUUCCACCUGGUGUAAAUCUUUUAAACCAGUUACCUAGUUGGCAUAAACUUCCUGCAUAUGUUGUAAUACAAUCUGCUAGUCAAGAGCAACUCGAUAGUCUAUGGGAUGAAACUGAUAUUGAUGUUCAACUGCAGAUAUUUUUAGACCAUCUUUUUCAUCCUGGUUGUCUGUCUUGGUUCGCCAUUACAAAUGCAUUUAAAUCAAUUUGUGAAACCUGCGGCCUAAUGGAUUGUGAUUUAUUAUUGACUGUCAGUGAUCUUCAUGAAACACGUGUUCGUAUACAUCGCACUUUAACGGAGAACAUUAUUCCAAAGCUUAGUCGAGACGAGGUGAAGGCAAUGUUUAAGACAUUUUAUUCUACAGCUAUUGAUUACCAUGAACAUGGUCUACAACCGCUUGGAUUAUUACGUAUUCACAAAAAGAUGAGCAGUAGCAGUACAUCGUCAUCAGCAGCAGGAGCAUCGACAGUAACAUUUGGAAAGACGCUAUUUCCUAAUGAAGACACAAUAAUUGUUAUUCGUCGAUGGGGAUUUUCUAUCCUGCGUCAUUUAGAUGAUGUAGAAAUCUUACUAUGGAAUAAUAUACCACCGAGUGUUGGACGUCUACAAUCAUCUUAUUCAUCAUCAAAUAUAUCAUCAAAAACCAAUACGAAGAACAUCAUCGAUAUAACAACAGAUUGCAGAAAAAUUCUUGGUAUUCUACAAAAACAACCAAAAUGGUAUGAAUGGGAAAGUUGUCUGUUUGACUGUAGGAAAUUUGAUCCUACUGCAAAUCUACUGUUACUGGUUGAACAAGUUAUUGAACAAUUAGAUCCAAUCAAUGAAUGUUGGCUACCUCCACCAAUUUCGUCUUCGGUUAGAUUUAAAAGUCCAUUCUCUACAGGUUCUCUUUCAACUGCAUACCUUACUGCUGUCUCAAAUCUAAUAUCAUUACUAGAUAAUUGUGGUAUUAUGGAGAAAAGUUGUCAAACCCUACAAAGUUUAUUUGAUAUGGAUAGUAAUAAUACUAGUCCAUCAUGUGAAGAUAUGGAGAUAACAAGUCAAUCAUGGCUUAAUAAUAACUCUAAUAGAUCAAUUGGAAAUAGAAAUUCACUUACUGCUGGUUUCCGGAGACAUUCGCUGACAGCAGGUAGCAGUGGUGAUCAUGGAGGAAAUAGUAGUAGAUUUAUGGAAGCUGUAUCAAAUUCCUGUGUUGAAUUUUUACGUCAAUUAUGUUUUAAUGCUACAGAGACACGUAUACUAUUUACAUUUGCUUUGUUAAUUUUAAUCCGACGUAAUGAACUUGCAUCGAGUGGUCUAAUUAAACUACACGAUAAACAACGUCGUCGCGAGAGGAAAAAUAGCCAUAAUGAUAAUGAUGGUGAUGCUGGUGGCGACAAUACGGUAGUUGAUGGUGAUGGUGAUGGUGACGGGGAUGCAGAAGAGGAUGUCGACUGUGCUGAUAUUGAUAUUUCCUGGCAUAAUAAUACUAAAUGUAGACUUGUAGCAUUAAUACAAAGUCUUGGAUUUUUGCGUACACUGACAAUUACGCGUGUACGACCAACACCUGAUAUGGAUAAAUUAUCGAUUAUUAGAGAUCAUUUGAACAUCCUUGGAAUUCAUGAUCUUAUACUGUCUGGUGGUGGUAAACAGUUGAAUUCAAGUUUCAAGCAUAGGCUCACUUCUUCACCGUCAUCAAUAAUUGUGAAGCAAACCGCCGGUAUGACUAUCUUUGAACAGAUAUGGCUUAAUUGGGAUUGGUUGAAGUCGUGUUCUAAUUCUUCUUCUUCGCCUUCAUCAUCAUUGAGACCGUCCAGUUUAUCACCAACAAAUUGGCUUGAAUUUAGUGAUUAUAUCUUAGUGGAAUAUUCAAAAUUAUUAACGCCAACAAUUGCUGGUGGACAAGGGAUUGUGUUUGUAUUUUGGUUACUGUUAUGGUGUGGGCAUUCUAAUGAAUUGAUCAAAUUGUGUAAUCUCCUCCUACCAUUAGAUGGUAGAAAAGAUUGUCGAGGCAGACAAUCGGUGCAACAACAAUCACUAUUGGAUGUUGCCAACAAAAUGGAUGUAGAAUAUGAUUUAUCAGAAUUUCGAAAGGCGGCUGCUGCUUCUGCUGAUGAAGCUAACGAUGACGACGCUGAGGAGAUUGUCGAUGGUCAUGGUGGAAUACUUUCUUGGUGGUGGAAUAAAGACUUCAGUUUCAUUCAUCUGUGCAUUGGUUUAGCGAAAUUAUGGUUAGGUGAAUCCGGACAGGCUAAAAAGCAUUUCAUUAUUUCAACAAAUUGGUUGUAUCAUUAUACGCAAUUAUUUAUUAAUAAUCUUAAAAAGGACUCAAAAGAUUAUUCACAAGUAUUAUCUAUCAUUACAAUGACAGAAUCCUCAGUGAACAAUACUGUACCGAAACUUUUGAUACCAAUUCUUUUUCCAAAAGAAUUCUCUCUAGCCAAAUUAUUUUGUUUGAAUAGAACAACUGGUUCUACAGGGGCAGUAUCAGCGUAUUCUCUGUCUCCAGAUGAAGUACAAAUACGAUUUUUAAUGAAGUUGAUGUCCAUCUUCGAACUAUCCAAUUAUGUACCAGAAGUUCUUGAUUUAUCUGAAUUUUGUUUGAAUCUUUUAUCUGAAUCGAAAAAUUGCAACACAUUGCUACAACAUUAUUCAGAUCAAGAAACUCCGGUCAAAGCAUCGUCAUUAUCAUCCUCUCGUCGGUUAGCUUCAGUGUUAGCCAGUCUGCGUGGAAUUAUGGAGAAUGAUAAUUUACACCGUUUCUUGUGUGGAUCAGUUAGUCGAGCAAAUUUUGGUAAUAAUGAAACUGGUAGUAUUGAUGAAGAAGCCCAGUCAGGGAUACAUUCCCGUUUAGCUGAUUUAGAGGCUGCCUUAUGGACAAGAAUGUUUAAACAUGAAUUAGCUCUAGGUCAUUAUGCUAAAGCGUUUACAAAUCUACGAAGUAAUCCUGAUGUUGCCAGGCGUCGAGAUUGUUUACGUCAAUUGGUGGUCACAGUCUGUGAUCGUGGUGAAGCACAGAAGUUAAUUUCCUUUGAUUAUGGAACAAUGGAGAAUGAGUUUCUUACAAUUUUGCAAGCUCGAGCUCGUGCUUCUGAUGUCAUCUUGCCAGAUACUGCUACAGCUGAAAAAUCCGCCUCACCUUCGAGUUCAAAUCCUUAUUAUGAUGUCUUGUAUGCUUAUCAUAUUCAUCGUGCUGAUUAUCGUUCUGCUGCUUCUGUUAUGUUUGAACAUUCUCAUCGAUUAAUUGAAGAUACAAUGUUAGCUGUUUCCAGGUUGAAUAAUUUUCGUUCUGGUGGUGCACAUAUCCUAGUUGGUUUACAACGUCAAGCUGCAUGUCUUGCUUCAGCUAUCAAUGCACUUUAUUUAGUCCCUAAAGAGAAUCAAUGGCUUGUAUGCGUAGGUUUAUAUACAAAUGAAUCUGUCCUUUUGGAUGAGAAUGAAAUGGAAAGUGAUUCAGAGAGUUUGGAGCAGAAUAGUGAUUGGGCAUUUGCUAAUCCUGAUGAUCUUGUAUCAGAAGCAACAGCAGCAGGGGCAGCAACAACAACAACAGGAGUAGAUCCUAUUGAAGGUUGUGAAAAUUUGGAUCAACUGGCAGAGAAUUCACGUCAACAUGAUGGUAAUAUGAAACGCAAUGCUUCAGGAGUACUCGACGCCGACGACAAUAAUCCACUUUCUUCACAACAAACUACGACAGCAACAAAUGGUCAAGAUAAACGUAUACUUACAUUGAAAGAUUUAUUGAAUGUAUAUACACUGACACGUGCACGACUUCGACUGGCUCAAGCGUGUUGGGAACAAGGGAUGUUGAGAGCUGGAGCUUUUUCACCGAUUGAAGUUGUCCAUGGUUUGUUGUCUGUUGCGUUGUAUGAUGAAGCUGUUCGCUUAUGUGAAUCCUAUCAUCUUGAUCCAACACCGAUUGUUCAUAGUAUCAGUUCACGUUGUAGUGAACUAGCUCAGUGUAAAACGCCUGGCGCUGGCGUCAAUUCUAUGAAUACUUUACAAUCUACGAUUGAAGUAGUAGGAGGAGAGUAUAAAUCUUAUCGAAAUAAUAAUACACCCGGUGUACGUUGUAUGAAUUCUAUCGCUUCAACUGGUUUACGUGAGUAUCCAAUAUUACCUGGUCUGUCGAAUGAUUCAUCACCAUUGGAGCAUGAAACUGAUUUAGUUCAACAAUCAAUAGCUACUUUGUCAACAUUGAAUUCAGAAAAGUAUGGAGCUUGUAAAAAUAAUACUACUAAUAAUAAUUCAUUAUCAGUAACCAACCAUGAAAGUGAUCAAUAUUAUUCAAAGUGGAAAUAUUCAAAUCAUAGCAAUCUACCAGAAUUAUAUUUGUCUCUGCUAGAAGUUGUUUUAACCCGCCUGGAUCCAUCUCGCCCUGAUGACAAAUCGUCAGUGUUUAAAUCACAAUCUCCUGGCCAACUGCAUUUAAUUGCCUGUGAAAAUUUACUCAUGUCACGGCCUAAUCAAUUGUAUUUACCUGAAUGGUUAACUUUACGUUUAGUGUCAACUAAAUGUGCCACAGAACGAACUAUCAGUUUGUUGAGACUUUAUAUAAAGUAUAAUCGUUUAGAGGCAGCAUGUCGUCUUGCCAUAGAUAUGCUUGAAACAGCUGUCACUGAGGGUAUAGAUCCUUCAUUGUUUGGUUUACGAUGUACAUUAUCCAAACUAAGCAGUCUUCCGCAUCAGAAGGGGAUUGAUAAUAAAACACCCACAUCUGGUAUGCUGUGCAUGCCGCAUAAUUUAUUUGUACAAAUCUUGAAUGCUUUGAACAUCUUAUCAUCACGAUCGGAAACAUACAGAAUUAUGUAUGAAAAUUUAGAAAUUACAUUGAAACAUUAUCUGCUUCAACUUCAACCAAUUUGCCAUAAUUUAAUGGAGGACAGCGAUUCCAUGUGGACAGCAGAGAAGCGGUAUACACAAUCGCUUGUACAAUAUCAAAAUUAUGUCUAAGGAGAGAGAGAGAGUGUGUGUGUGUGUGUUUAUUCUAAUUCUCCACCUUCAGACUUGUUGUGUAUAUCUCAGCAUAACUUGUUGUAUUGUAAUGAGAAUUUAUUUGUAUCAUAUUUCAUAUUUACAUGUAUAAAUGCACAU